AUGAAAUAAUCACUCUAAUCAAUUUUAUAGACUAAGUCUUAAUAUGAUUUUAUAACUGGAAUUAUGGAUAAUGAAUAAGAAGAUAUAAGAUCAAAAACAACAUACAAAACUUAAUUUAAAUUUAAUAAAUCCAAAUUUCGUUUCUCCAUUACUCCAAAGUCAUAACCAUCUAAAGUCAAAAAAAGACCCAUUUAUUUAAGAUUCAGCAAUCAUUCUUCUCAUUAAUAAGAAACCAAUAAUUUUAUUUUUCUAAAAACUCUCUUUAAAGAUAUCUAAUAACCAUAAAUGUCUAAAACUAAUUACUCAACAUGGUCAACAUCUCAUAAAUAAUCUAUCUAAUCUAAUUAUGUUCCUCCUAUUAAAAAAAAUUACUUAUUGAUAAAAACACCAGAUAAUAAUUAACCUGCAGUUGGAUAUUAUAAUCCAAAAAUGCCAAAAAAGGUCAGAGGAUCUGUUAAAUUGUUUUCUUAAAAUACAUCAUGCCAUUCCUAAUCUCUCAAUAUUUUAUUGAAUUAAAAUGAAAAGCAGGAAUCUAUAUUGCAAAAAGAAGAAUUCAUAAAAGUACCUGAGGCUAAAUUACAUAGGUAUUAUGAAAAUGAAAAGAAGAAAUUAAUGUCAAAAUCUUCAUUUUAACUACCAUUAAAAGACUUAAACGAAAACCCUUUCUCUAAAUAAUGGUCAAUAUUUUUGGCCUAUAAAAAUAAAUUUAAAUUAUUAAGAGAUCAUAAAUAUGAAGAUUCACUUAAAUGA